AUGCAACACGAAGAGGAUGACCACCAUCAUCGGCUUUCUUCUUCUUCAAUGACCCACCACACGAGUAAUCUUGUCUCUGAUCCAUCAGCACCAUCAUUCUCGGAAGAAGAAGAAGAAAUAGGCUUUGAAUCGGACUCUCUGAGUGCAACCUCGUCAACUGCCAUCUCAACCAAUUCCUUCCUCUCUGUAACGACCCUCCAUGCUGCUGCUGCUGCUGCUGCUGCUUCAAAUCCUUCAUCAUCAGUGCCAGUUGGCUUGUUGAACAGCCAUCCGAGUAAUGGUAGUAGUAGUAGUGGGCAUGGAUCGAGUCCCAUCUCUUCAUUGUCUCCUCGUUUUUCUUCUUUGCAAAGUAUGACCACUCUUUCUUCAACGCCACCACCACCUCACAAUUUUGGAGGAAACACCACAAGUGUAUCAUCAUCAGCACCUCCUUCCUUCUCGCUCUUGACGACGACACAUUCGUCAUCCUCUUCCGUAGAUCGAAUGAUUAAAACCUUGUCAUUAUUCUUACAGGAUGUUCAUUCAUCGGAAGAUUUGCAUUAUUGGGAUUCCAAUAACGAAACGAAUCGAGAAAAACUUGCGAAAAUAUCGCUGUCGACGUAUCACAUGCAACGAUUGUUUGAAAGGAUUGAACAAUAUCAUCAACAAAAGAAUCGAGAGGGAGACUCGAUGAGCAAGGCCAAACACUUGUUUCAAUGGGUGUUGGAUAAAAUUGUGAACACUUCUGAUUCCUAUCAUGCCACAAAUUCGGAUAUGGAUAUUUUGAUUCAAAAAUUUAGGACAGUUGUGACAGAAAUUGAGGUGUUUUUUAAAAAGUUGAGAAAUGAAAAAGAAGAGACAACAAGGAGUGUGGUUGUGAAUUUGCGAUAUUUUGGAGCUUUAAAUCAAAUCAUUUUUACUGGAAAAUCGACCACUUGCCAAUUCAUACUUUCCUCUAUUAUUAAUCCUCCAAAAAAUUUACGAGGCAUAACGUUUAAUAGAAAUGUGAACAUUGAAACGUUUGAUAGUAUUCUAGACCCAGAAAAUACAAUUUUUUCGAGCUUACGAUUCAUUGAUUGUCACGAACUACUUCACAAAUUAGAAGAUGACCAAUGCUUGGGUGAAUAUGUGUUGAAUCAAGUGAAAUCUGUAUAUAUUGAAAAGUGCGAAAUUGCUAACUUGAGCUGUUUGUUUAAACCCCAUCGAAUAUGGAAACAACUUUCAAAACUGAGGAUGAGAAAAACCAAAUUGAAUGACAUUUUCUCUUUCAGUGAUUGUAUUCCAACUAUUCGAGAAUACCACAUGUCACACAACUAUCUAUCAUGUGUACAUAUCCCAUCUUGUAUAGUUACUUCGAAUUUAGCGAUUUUAGAUUUAAGUUUUAAUUUAUUAGAAACUCUUGACAGUUUCUCGAGAGUUAAACUUCCCAACUUGGAAUUUUUAGAUGUUUCACAUAACUACUUGACCAGUGUGAAAGGAAUUUUACGAGCUUGCGGAAAGAAUAGCCUCAAGCAACUCUAUCUUCAUGCGAACAAUAUUUCCCAAUUUGAAGAUGUCUAUUUCUUAAAUUAUUUUGAAAAUUUGCAUGCAUUGACACUUUUAGAGAAUCCCAUUGAGAACGAAUCAACUUAUCAUCAAACCAUAUUGAAUUUAUUUUCCAACUCUUCGAAACUCUUCUAUUUUGAUGAAACCGAAUAUGAAUUGAAACAAUUCAAAACUUAUUCAUUUCCUCUUGUAAGUGAUGAAGAGGUACGAGAGGCAUCAGAAAUGUCUGCUGUCACUGUAUUGCCAUCUUCUAUUCCACCUCCACCUCCAAUAUUCUCUAAUAUCCCACCUCCACCUCCCAUGUUUUCCAACAUGGAUGAAAGUGUAGUACCACCACCGCCACCUCCUCCAGAUAUGGGUGGAAUUGUUCCUCCACCACCACCUGGGUCGGUUCCUCUUCCUCCAAAUGUUCGAGUGAUUCCAAGAAAAACAAAAAAAGAAGUCUCUAAAACAAAGAAUAUUCAUUGGAAACCUGUCACACUGACCAAAACGAGAAGUAGAUCCGUUUGGAAUGUAGAAGAAAAAGUGGAUGUCAUUUCUGUGGAUCAUUUACAAAAAUUGGAGACCAUUUUCUCGGCCUCCAAGGAUUCUCCAUCUCGAAUAGGUUUAGCUAAAAAAGCCAUCUCCAAGGAAUUAGAAACCGUUAUUGAUUCCUCUCUAUCCAGAAAUUUGGAAAUUUUAAUUAGUGGAUUGUUCAAACAGUGUGAUGUGAUCUCCAUCAUUCAAAAUAUCAAUCAUCUAGAUACUCAGAGAUUAUCAAUAGAGCAAAUGAAAGCCAUUUCUCAGUUUGUUCCUGCCAUUGAAGAGAUGAGAAAAAAGAUCUUUAUUGUAGAGAAGAAUAUUCAAAAAUUGAAACCUGCACUUAUGUGGACAUGGCAUUUGUCACAAGUUCAACAUUUACCAAUCAAAAUUCAACUCAUGCAAUACAUCAAGUCCUUCGACACCAAGUCUCUCCUCUCAAUCAUUGAAUUGAAAUACAAUGCUUACGAACAGAUACAAAAUUCAAAAGCAUUUGUGAAAGUUCUUCACAUUCUCUUAUUUCUAGGAAAUUAUAUGAAUCGAGGAAAAACCAAACUUGAAGACGCUCAAGGAUUUCAUUUGAACAUUCUUCCGAAAUUGAGUGAUACCAAAGCACAACACAAUUCAAAAACCUACACAUUAAUUCACUUUCUUGCAGAAACUUUAAAGAAAGAUAGUAAUGACCUCUAUAAUUUUGAAGCAAAUCUUGAGAAUUAUGUUUGUAAUCCAGAUAUUGUCAACACGAGUUUGGAAACGAUACAACUCAAUUUGAAAGAACUCGAAACUGUGAAAGAUUAUUUCCUUGAAAAUCGGCAGCUCUUGCUUGCUGGAGAUGAGGCUAAAACAGAGCAUGAUGAAGUUUUGUGUAAAAACUUUUCAUCAUUCUUGGCCCAAUGUGAAGAAUCAGUGUCACAAGUUCAAAAAGCGUUCAAUAAGCUUCAAAAUAGCUUUACGAUGGCCUGUGACUUUUUCCAUUUCAAUUAUGAUGAGGUCGCUUCACAAACGAAUGGAAGUGGCAGUGAUCAAUUAUUGGUCAUCAUACGAGACUUUAUCAUUCAAUUCAAGAAAGCAAAGGAAGACAUUGAAAAGGAAGAGAAGAAAAAUUCGCAACCAUCAACACCUUCGCGUAGGGGCUCAGUCAUGAUGCGGGUACAAUCGAUUUCUGAAAUGAAAGUGGAAGCUCCUUCUUCAUCGACGACGAUGACAAGUUCGCCCUUAUCGACCUCCCCAACAUUAACUCAUCACAAUGACACGAUUAUUCGGAAUUACCGCAACCGAAGAAAACAUAGCCUUAAAUCUAAGAGUUUUUCAUCAUUUGCAGAGUUGCAAGCAGACUUGGGACAACAGACAGCCACCCAAUCCUCACCAACCUCAUCCACGAAUACCAUCCCCACAGAAAGUGAAACCAUGGUUGAUUCCAACAUUAGGUGUAGAGAAUAA